CGGGCCCGGGCGUGGGGGAGGCGGGCGGGCGGACCCAGAUCCGGGGUAAUUUGCAUCGCCCUCCCCCCAGCCCGGGUGGGGAUUGGCCGCCGGCGGCGGGGGGUGGCGCGGGGCCAGGCUCACUGCCGCCUCCCGGCCCCUCGGAGGGAGCCAGCCCAGCCGCAGCCGCCGCCACCGCCGCCGCCGGGGCCGGGCCCCCUCGCCGCUGCCCCGGGAAGGAGGUCUCGGCGCGGAAGAUGGCCGGCGGCGUGGACGGCCCCAUCGGGAUCCCGUUCCCCGACCACAGCAGCGACAUCCUGAGCGGGCUGAACGAGCAGCGGACGCAGGGCCUGCUGUGCGACGUGGUGAUCCUGGUGGAGGGCCGCGAGUUCCCGACGCACCGCUCGGUGCUGGCCGCCUGCAGCCAGUACUUCAAGAAGCUGUUCACGUCGGGGGCGGUGGUGGACCAGCAGAACGUGUACGAGAUCGACUUCGUGAGCGCCGAGGCCCUCACGGCGCUCAUGGACUUCGCCUACACGGCCACGCUCACGGUCAGCACGGCCAACGUGGGCGACAUCCUGAGCGCCGCGCGGCUGCUGGAGAUCCCGGCCGUGAGCCACGUGUGCGCCGACCUGCUGGACCGGCAGAUCCUGGCGGCCGACGCGGGCGCCGACGCCGGGCAGCUGGACCUGGUGGAGGAGAUCGACCAGCGCAACCUGCUGCGCGCCAAGGAGUACCUCGAGUUCUUCCAGAGCAACCCCAUGAACAGCCUGCCCCCCGCCGCCGCCGCCGCCGCCGCCACCUUCCCCUGGUCCGCCUUCGGCGCGGCCGACGACGACCUGGAGGCCACCAAGGAGGCGGUGGCGGCCGCCGUGGCCGCCGUGGCCGCUGGCGACUGCAACGGCUUGGACUUCUACGGGCCGGGCCCCCCCGCCGACCGGCCCUCGGCCGGGGACGGGGACGAGGCCGACAGCAACCCGGGGCUGUGGCCCGAGCGGGACGAGGAUGCUCCCGCGGGGGGCCUCUUCCCGCCGCCCGCGGCCCCGCCGGCCGCCGCCACGCAGAACGGCCACUACGGGCGCGGCGCGGAGGAGGAGGCGGCGUCGCUGUCCGAGGCGGCCCCCGAGCCCGGCGACUCCCCGGGCUUCCUGUCGGGCGCGGCCGAGGGCGAGGACGGCGACGGGGCGGACGCGGACGGGCUGGCGGCCAGCACGCUCCUGCAGCAGAUGAUGUCGUCGGUGGGCCGGGCGGGGGCGGCGGCGGCGGCGGGCGACAGCGACGACGAGUCGCGGGCGGACGACAAGGGGGUGGUGGACUACUACCUGAAGUACUUCAGCGGCGCGCACGACGGCGACGUCUACCCGGCCUGGUCGCAGAAGGUGGAGAAGAAGAUCCGGGCCAAGGCCUUCCAGAAGUGCCCCAUCUGCGAGAAGGUGAUCCAGGGCGCGGGCAAGCUGCCGCGGCACAUCCGCACGCACACGGGCGAGAAGCCGUACGAGUGCAACAUCUGCAAGGUCCGCUUCACCAGGCAGGACAAGCUGAAGGUGCACAUGCGGAAGCACACGGGCGAGAAGCCGUACCUGUGCCAGCAAUGCGGGGCGGCCUUCGCGCACAACUACGACCUGAAGAACCACAUGCGCGUGCACACGGGCCUGCGGCCCUACCAGUGCGACAGCUGCUGCAAGACGUUCGUGCGCUCCGACCACCUGCACAGACACCUCAAGAAGGACGGCUGCAACGGGGUGCCCUCGCGCCGCGGCCGCAAGCCCCGCGCGCGCCCCGGCCCCGACGCACCCACGGGCGCCCCCGCGCCCCCCGGCGCCCCCGCCGCGCCCGGCUCCCCCGACGGCCGGCGCAACGGGCAGGAGAAGCACUUUAAGGACGAGGACGAGGACGAGGACGCGGCCAGCCCCGAGGGCCCGGGCGGCCUGAAUGUAGCGGGCGCGGGCGGCGGGGGCGCAGACAGGGCCCCCGGGGCGCCCGCCGACGGGGGCUUCGCGGCCGGACUCGCCUGAAACCAAAAAAGCGCAGGCGGGAGGGAGAGAGCGGGCCCCCCGCGCCCCCCAGAUCUAUCUAUACCCAGAUCCUAUAUCUCGAGAUAUAUAUAUAUGCAGAUAUAUAUAUAUGCCGCCGCACCGACUCUAGGUAGCGCUUUCCUCCGUUUCCCCUCCACCGUGUCUGCCCUCCACCGGGACCCCCAGCCCCGGCUCCCCUCCCCCCCACCCCGCCAUGGGUUUCGGGGUCGCUGGGGGGGUCUGGAGGGACACGAGGGUUCGGGGCUGGGGGCCCCUCCGAGGCCCCACCCCCCCGCGCGCCCCAGGCCCCGUCGGGGCGCAGGGGGCCGGGCACUGGGGGGCUGCCCCGCGCCCCCUCGCUGGGCUCUCCGAGUCUUUGGGACAAGACCUUAAACGAUGGUUGUCUGCUGUGAGCGGACGUUAAAACGCACCCCGCCCCGCGCCCACCCUCCUUCCUCAGGGCACUUACUAAGUGGGGGGCUCCCCACGGCCCCCCGCCUCCCCCCCAUCCCCCCGCCUGUGGCCCCCGAUCUCCCGGCCGCUGGGACACGGAUCUAUUUAUUGCCAGGCGCAGAGAAGAAGGGGACGAGCCCAGGGGGGAGUGGGGGCGCCCCCUUCAUGGCACUUACACCCCCGCGGGACCCCCUGGGGCCCGCGCGGGGCGCCCCCGCCACCCCCGGCUGCGCCCCGGCCCCAGGCCGCCCAGAACCCCCCCAAAACGUUUGGAGAUUCAAAACUUUCGGUCUUCCCCCUCCCCAGCCCCGAGCCCCCGCCCAAUUUUUAAAGCACUUUUUAGAUUUUUUUUUUCCUCCUUAAAAACAAAAUUUAUAUAUAGAUAUAUAUAUAUAUAUAAAAUAUACUUUUCUUCAGAGGAGCAGGCGAGGGUGUGGGGUGAACUAGCCGACCGCAGAGGGAACCCAGGGUCUCCGGGUGGCAGGGGUGAGGGGAGAGGGUCCACCAGUUCCAGUGUCACAAAAGCAAUAAAACCCAGAUUUUACAAAACGAAAGGAAAAACGAAAACACACACAAAAAAGAAAAAGGAAAAAAAAAAAAAAAAGACCACCGACCACCAAUAGAAGUCUCGGCACUUUGAAAACAGAACGGGUACUACACUUUCUCUUAAAUCUUAAUUUAAAAACGUGUUUACAAAUCGCAAGCAACUUCUAUGAAAAAGUCGAAAAGACAAAAAAAAAUAAAAAUAAAAAGAGCGAGCGAGCGAGCGAGAGAGAGAGAGCGAGAGAGAGAGCAAAGAGAAAUUCCUGAAAGCUGAUUUAUUUUUGUACAAAAUAAUAAAAAAGCAAACCCACCACAGACGGAGCAUCCGCUUCUGUUCCCCGAGGCGAGGCAGGCGGGCAGGGCGCGCGAGGCGGGGGCCUCCCGGGGACGCCGCCUCCAGGCAGGACUCCGGGCUUUUGUGUUUCUGCCGUGACCCCCUCCCCUCCCUUCCCUCCCAUCCUGUCCCUUUUUUGGUUCCGAUUUGAGAUGUCUUGUCACCCACUAGCCAUACCACGGCCACCCGUGUCCGUGGGGACCCUCCUUACUGACUCCCCAGCUCAGGGAUGGGCCCGAGAGAGGGCUGGCCUUCCAACCAGCCGGAGCACCCCGUCCCCCGCCGGUCCCCCACCCUCGCUGUCCCCUCGCCCACCUCCGGGCUUCCCGCCCUCCAACAUGGUCGCCCUUCCUUGUGGCCACCACGGAGCUGCCGUCUUGGAUAUGCCAUGCCCGUUGAGGUGGGUGACAGGGGGCGCCACCUCCAGGGCCUUACACCCCCCCCAGGUACCCCUCUUUUUACUCAAAGGCACUGACUGUAAUCUGGGGGCCGGCACCUGCCUCCCCCCAGCCACUGGCUCCCCAAAGGCCCGGCGUUGGCCGAGCCACAGGCCACGGACAGGGGCCAGGGCUGGGGGGACCACGAUGCCAGAGGCCAGGGCACCCUCUCCCCGACCCCUCUCGCAUAUGCAACGCCUAGCGUGGGACCCUGUAAAUAGACGCUCCGCUGAGCUGAGACCCUUCCUCGUCAGAGCCCGAGGUGGGGGCGCCCCUGUCCCCCGCUCCAGCCCGUCCCCCCGGGACCCCUUUGCUCUGUGACAAACCCCAUCUUCUCGUCUUUUCUUUUUCUUUUUUUUUUUUUAAAGGGAAAGCUUUGUAAGCAGGCAACUUUCAUCAUUGUUUCUACAGGAUAGUUUUGUUUUCCUUCCCACCCCCCCCCCGAGCCCGUCAGCCCCCCAAUGUCUCAGGACCCCCCCUCCUGAGGGGGUGGCAGGGGAGCCCAGGGCCGGGUGGCCUCGUCACACCCCAGCACCACGGGGCGAGCUCUUUCGGACAACCAUCUGGAAACCGAGCAGAGAGCUUCAGCGCCCAGGCCAGGGCCCCCCCCCCCGCCCCACCCCGGCUCCCAGACAGGUUUCCUGAGGGACGGCCCUCUCCCCCUGCCCCACACACCCCCUCGCAAUAAAACCAACUGAAAAAUCACAGCUGUCGUCCUGGCCGGUGGGGGCGACCGGACUUGGGGGAUCGAGGACUAUGGCGGGGGCAAGGGCUCAACCCCGCCGAGCACACUUUAACACGAACCUCCUCGGGAAUUGCACUAAACCCCUGCGCCUAGCUCUGCGCUCAGCUUCCGCCAGCCCCACCCUCCUUCUCCGCCUUAACCCUCCUCCGCUGCCCGCCAGCCUGUCCCGGGGGCCGCAGCGUCUGCAUGGGCCCAGCGCCGGGACGCCCACCCACCCCCCCAGCCCCCCCAGCUCCCCGCAAUCACAUACUGUAUAUAGACGUGGAUCGAUUUUAUUUUUAUUCUUUAAAUUAAGGUUGUGAUCACGUGUUGCCAAAGAUACUGCUGAAUUCUCGCGUUUCAGGAAACAAACAAACAAAAAAAUCUUUGAGGGGGAACGUGCUGACCUGUCAGAAAGGACACAGGAAAACGUUUUUUUGUUUGGUUGUUUGGGGUUUUUUUUUUGUGUUUUCUUUUUUUGGGGUGUUUUUUUUUUUUUUAACUGCCUGGUACAAAAAAAAAAAAAGAAAAAAGAAAAACAAAGCGGAAUUGUGAUUUCCAUCAUCUUGGUAAAGCUGCGUGGAUGCGUGUGUGCGCGCGUGUGCACGAGUGAGGUCCAGGCCGGGGUCUCCGGGCGGGGGCUCCGGGGGCCCCGGCAGGAUGUGGAGGCCGGAGCCCUCGCCUGGAAUGGGUGCCAGCCUGCAGGACCCGGGACAGAGAUGAACACCCUCGCUGCUGCUCCCUGCCUAGCCCCCCCGCCCCAUCCCUGCCUUUUGAGAUUAAGAGAAAAAAAAAAAAGGCAAAAAAAAAUAAAAAAAUAAUAAAAAAAAAAAUUUUCAAAACCAGUGAAUGUAAAGAGCCGGCCCAGCCUGGCACGGUUGUGGGCCUGCGCCCAGCCGGGCUCCCGCGGGCCAUACCAAAGUCUGCCCCCCUCGGGCGGCUCGCCCAGGAGACCCCCUGUGGCCAUUGUCUUGUCACCGUGUUUGUACAUGGCUGUCCCUUCGCUUCCCUCCGAGGGGUCUCGGGGGCGGGGAGGGUCCCCCAGCCCCUUCCAGGGUCUUCUGGGGGUCUUUGCACUACUGAGACCCAUCGGCCGUGGCGGGAGUGGCUGCGUGGCACAUGGGGGGGGUGGCCGAGGCAGGGGCCGGGGGACCCCCAGGACCAAGGCCACCCGGGCAGCCGGGAUUGUAGGAGGCGAGACAGAGAGAGGGAGAGGAAAAGCAGGAAAAGAAAAAAAUGUAAAAACCAACAAAAAAAAGCAAAAAUCCUAUUUUUUGAGAAAGAAAGAUAUUUAUAUUUGCAGUUUUAUUUUAAAAAGUUAUUUAAGCUGAGGAAGCAGCCUUCCGGAGGAGGGGCUGGCUGGCACAGGACGGGUCAGGGGCCUGGGGCUCGGGCACCCCGGGAGCCAUAACCUCAGAGUUCAGACUAGCUCGCACUAAAUACAUAGAUUUACAGGGGGGCGGGGGGCAGGGCCAGGAGGUGGAGGGGGCUGGGGAGCCCCCCAUCCCGUGGCCGGGGCUGCCUGGAGGCUGCGACUGGGGGUCUCGAGGCCCAGCCUGCCCCUGCCCGGCCCAGACACGAGGUGCCUUGGACUUUGGGGGGCCAGGCCUGGCGAGCGGGGGUGGGGGCGGCGCCCGCGGGGGGCACAGAGCACAGAGCAGACAUUCCAUAGACUGUAUCUGAGAGUCUUUAUAAACGUGUGGGAGAUUAAAAAAAAAUGGAUAAAAAUGCACUUUUUGGGGGUGGGGGGGAGAAGCUUUAAAAGUAAUAAAAAAAAAAACAAAAAGACAAAACAUGAUGAAAAAACAGACAAAAAAAAUGACUUUUCUUGUACAUAAGCCACUAAACACAGCCUGUUAGGACCGCUGCUGCCUCACUUGCCUGAUUUCGACGUUCUUUGUGUUUUGUUUGGGGGGGUGCGCUGGGGAGCGGGGAGGGUGGGUUUGGGGGGCCCCUCGUCCACACGGCUCGCGACCCCCUGCUUGGGUUCUGGGGAGAGGUCCCGAAGCUCAGCCUGACCCUUCCGCCAGGCCUGGGGCAGGGGGUGGACGCGCUGACUCGGCGGCAGGUCGCCCACGGAGGAGGUGGCCCACGGCCCCGAGCGCCAGCAGGGGCCCCAGGGACGGACGGCGCAGGUGGGGGCAGGGGUGCAGGUGGGCUCCUCGGUCACCAGCUCCAGGGUUUUUAGGGGCCCUGGGCAGGUGGCCUUGGCCGGGAAACCCCAAGUCUGCCAGAGGCCCCCAUGGGGCCGCCCCAUGCCGAGCCCCGGUGACGUGGGAUCGGGCCUCCGAGCUGGCUGCUGCUACACCCCCCGGGAGGAAGUCAGGCCGGGGGCCACUCACUGGGACGGGGGGUCAUGGCUGAGGCCCCCUCCUGUGGGUUGGAGGGUCACCAAACGUGGCCAUUUCCAGGGGCCCCCAGUCGGACUCAGGCCAGCAGGGUCCAGGGUGGGGGUGGGUGAGGGAGGGCAUAGAUGGUCACGGCACAGCCUGGGAGAGGACGAGCGGGGCUCUGUGGAGUGACACGGGGUGACGGCUCUGGGGGUGUGUGUGGGUGGGUCCCUUACCUGUCACGUGGCUGCAGACACGGGAUUCGAACCCAAGUCUCCACCUUGGGCUGUUGGGGGUGGCGGGGCUAGCCACGAGGGUGCGCAGAGGCCUCUGAUCAGGACGGCGAAGGAAGCGGGUUUGACAGCCACUCAGCCCAUGGGGACCUCCUCGCUCACGUCCCCAUGUCCCCUGUGCUAAGAGGGAGAGACCCUCUGGGUUUUAAUCGAGGUAUUAUUCACACACAAUCCAGCCUGGUAAAACCACUGGUUUUAGCAUAUUCGAAGAGUUGCGCAACCAUCACCAAUAUCUAGUUCCAGAACAUUCCAUCGCCCCAAAAAAGAAGCCCCGUCCCUACCAGCAGUCACCCCCGUCCCCUCCCCAGCCCCCAACUACCACGAACCCACUUUCUGUCUGUGGAUCUGCCUGUUCUGGACAUUUCAUGUCAAUGGGAUCACACACCAUGUGUCCUUCUGUCUGCUUCUCUCCCCGAGCAUCAUGUGUUCAAGGUCCGUCCACGUGCGGCUGUGUGGGGGCCUCGCCCCUCUUCACAGCUGCGUCAUAUUCCAGUGUGUAGCUGUAUGGAUCCACUAUUUGAGGAUAUUUUGGCUAUUGUGAAUGAUGCUGCUAUGAAGACAUGUGCACAAGUUUUCUAUGACCCUAUGUUUUCAUGUCUCCGGAGUGAAAUUUCUCCCACGAGUGGACCUGCUGGGUCAGACGGUAACUCCACGUUUCACCUUUUGAGGAACCGCCAGACUCUUUCCAAGCGGCUCACGUUCCCGCCAGCCGUUCGCGAGGGUUCCGGUUUCUCCCGUCCUCGCCAGCGCUUGCCGUUGUCUUGAUUCCACCGUCCUGGUGGGGUGGGGCGCUAGCUCGUGGUUAUGACUUGCAUUUCCCUGGUGACUAAUGAUGUCAAGCAUCUUUCUAGGAGCUUAUUGGCCAUCUGUGUGUCUUCUGGGCCACCCGGGGGGACAGGAACAAUCCUAGAAUUCGAGGCUGUCUGAAUUCCUGGCCCAGCCCAGCAGAGACACCAGACCCAGCAGUUUCAAGUGACAUCUUCCUCAUUGGACCAAACGCUGUGCCUUUUGAAUCCUGGACGUCACACAGCCAAAGGGAGGAAGUGGGCACGGGACAGAGCCGCAGUCCUUUGCUCCCCUCACCCCAGCGACGCCCCGACGCACAGAGAAGCAGACGCCUCAGUGGCUUCACCUUGAUCUUUUUUUAUUUGCGUUUUUUAAAAACAAUUAAAUUAGAAUACAAAUAUUAGAAAACAGCGGCCCUCAGCUGCCAGUGCAGGUGGAGGGGGCCGAACUGCGCGACUGAGUUUAUACAGUAAAACUGAAUUUGCCCUCGA